AUGAAAAUUCUGGAUGUAUUUUCAUCUACUUACAAAUCUUCAAAUGCCAUUCCUUGGUAUACACGAGAAACGUUUCUCUAUCGUAUAAUGAACAAAGCUUUUCGACAACAAAAUAUCGAACUUAUGUUUUUAUUCGUUUUUUUUAUACAAGACUUAUCUCAACAAGUCAAAUUUGAAUAUGAAAAUUUGAAAUUAUUAAAUUUGAAAACACCUAUUAUAAGUUUGUACCGUGGACAAUUAAUGUCAAAAGAUGAAAUCGAAAAAUUUACUUCUGGCAGUGGUGGUUGCCUUCGAAACAAUUGUUUUUUUUCAACAUCUCGUCAACGAAAUCUACAACGUGUUCUCUUUGAAAUUCUAGCUGAUAUUCGUCUACCAUGUCGUUAUUUUGCCGAUAUAACUCAUUUAAGUUAUUUUCCACAUGAAUCAGAAAUUUUAUUUACAAUUGGAACAGAAUUUAGAAAAGAAGAAGUCAAGUACAAUCAAGAUGAAGAUCUUUGGAUUGUUUCAUUAGAAUUACGCAAUGAUUAUGAUCAGCAUGAUUCGAGAGAAUUUGAAAUAACUCCUGCAAAAUUUACUAUAAGUAAUUGUUUGAAUAUAUGCACCGAUUGGGAUUUUUGUGUUAUGUCGUCAACUGAUAGUAUAAGUUUCAUAUUUGAUGGACUGAUAGGAGUAUAUCCAACGUAUGAACAAUGGAUCUUAGCUGCUCAAUAUCAUUCAUUAGCAAACUGUAAUAUAGAUUGGGAAGGACGUAAUGUUUCUUUAGUAUUAUCAUACUAA